AAAUUUGAAGUCGUCAAAAUUUAAUUUUACCAUCUGAGCUUAGAAAAAUUCCAUUAGCCUGAAAUUAUCCGUUUGAUUGGAUUGAUCAUUCCUACGAACCUACAAUGGCUGAACGUAGAGAACUGGGUGCUAAGGUUUCCAGUGUAUUUGAUUUGGUCAAGAAAGUGGCACAGCCAUGUGGCUCCAGUGUAAUGUCAUUUGCUUAUGAGCCUCACUCAGACGAUUUCCGCCCACCUAAAAAGGUUUAUUAUGAGAACACAUUCAGAAUGGAACCACCCGAGAAAUUCCGGCCUGAUAAAGUAAUGCCCAUCAUUGAAAGAGUUUUAUCUAAACGUUUAGAAGGAGUAAAAUAUGACCCAGUUGAAUGUUCCGUUCUGGCAAAAACUACCGCUGACGAAAUAAAAACACAUGUAAAGGAACUUGACUUUAAAAGAUAUAAAAUUAUUUCUCAGGUGACAAUAGGAGAGAAAAAGGAUCAAAGUAUACAGGUUAGCAGCCGAUUUUUAUGGGACGCUGAUCGAGAUAACUAUGCAUCAUUUUCAUAUGAAAGCCGGUCAUUAUUUGCUACUGGUAUUCUGUUUGCUAUAUAUUAUGAAUAGAUAUGCUGUUGUAUAAAAUUCAAUCCUCGCGCUCAUAGAUAUCAAUUUUCAUUGAUCAGACGUCCGCAUAGGAUCCAAUAGACAAUCGUUACCUCCAAUCAAUUUUUCCUUUUUUUGGCAACGGUUUGAUUUUGGUGAACUUGGAUAACCGCAUAGAGUUAUUUUCGGAUAUAUAUUUAACAUAAUCAGGUUACUAGCCUUGCAGGGAAACAUCUGGAUUCACUUUAAGUCGUUUUCAGAUCUGAAAUGGACGUCGUGCCAAUCGUGCCACUAGAUUGAAGCACACAUAUUCUAAACCAACCCAUCCAAAAAAGCUGAUCGUCAUCAGUCUGUACAUAAGUAAAUGUAAUCUAUGGGUGCAAGGAUUUUCAAAUUAAGGAAAAUAACAAUCAAAUUCCUUUUUGAGAACAUUAAUCGCGUUUUUUUUUCUCACGUAACAGUCUAAAAAAUCGCAUACAGGUAACAUGAUUUGAGGUUAGUGACUACAAACCGUCUUAAAUUUCCUUUAAUCAAAUUCGAAUUCAUUGUUGUAUAUUUGAUCAUAUUUAAGUAUUAUUAUAUUUGUUAAGUUUUUACCGUGAAGUACUUUCUAAUUGAUAUCCGUCAUUGGAAUAAACUAUUUAAAUAUUU